UGUUCAUAGUGAGGCCAAGGAGCGACAUUUCCUCUGUGGACGGUUUCAUUCAUAUAAUUUCUUAAGUCUGAGGAGAUCAGACUUCUACAUGGUGAUGAUCCCAGGACGGGAAUCUAUGGUACGUGUUGGUCAACAUUUGACACCACGGACAUACUGCCUAUCAUCCCAAUAUAGCCUAGGCAACAUAAUAAAAUUAUAUGGGACUGUGACUGAGAUAGUGCAGGUGAUUGGGGCCAGUCUGCCCAGCACUUAGGAGAACAUCAGUCCAUGAAUGUCACACUGAUUACACCAGGGAAAUUUGGGCCAUCUUUUCUGUCUGUUCAUUUUUUUUUUUUUUUUUAUGUAACUGAUAUCCAUGUGGGUGCACUGUGUGCAGAGACUCUCGACCAGUGCUCCCACUCACUCACUCGCUCUACAAAUCGAGCAUUCAGCGUGUACACUAUCACACACGCCGUGUAAGCCGAGAGCGCUUUCUGCCUUUUCAUUCAUCCCGGUGAAGGCUGCUCACGCUGCCUUCUCCUUCUCCUUCCCUCGCCUCGCCUCCUCGCAUCACGCCGGGAUAGCUCACUUUGUUUUUUUGUUGUUUUUUUUGUUUUGUUUUUUUUUGAUUUUCUUUUCCCUCCUCGGUGCCUUCCGCUCGGAGGAGUGUUGGAUGAUAUCAACAAGAGCUCCGGUUCUCCUCUUCACCUCCGCGCCACUACGGAGUGCAGAGGAGUCGCCGGAGGACGCGCGCAUCACGCCGCGCAUUUCGCUGGACGGGACGCCGCAAUUUCGAAACAGAGAAAUAAGCGACAGCGUCGUCACCGAGAGGAGCCUCGGAAGUUUGGACGGAUUUUACGGCUCCCGUGCGCGCAGGGAUUAGAGACAGGCAGCUGGCGGAUGGUUGUCGGAUUCGUGGAGAGGAGUCGGUGCCUCUGCGCAAGUCUCAGAUGAAGAUGAAGUCUGCGGGCGUCGUGGAUGGAGGCUUGUUCACAGAGAGCUAUUGUAACAUCUGCAAUGCCCAGCUCAUCUCCGAGUCCCAGCGCACCGCUCACUACGAGAGUAAGAAACAUGCCAACAAGGUACGCCUGUUCUACAUGCUUCAUCCGGAAGAUGGAGGACCACCUUCCAAAAGACUGAGGCCAGAUAACCCGGACUGUGCAGAGACGGAAGUGGACAGGAACAAGUGUUGCACCUUGUGUAACAUGUUCUUCACCUCCGCGAUUGUGGCCCAGUCCCACUACCAGGGCAAAACCCACGCCAAGAGGGUGCGCCUGGUGCUGGGGGAGCCGACCAACCUACCCACAGCUAUGGCCAGUCCUACGAACACAGAUUCGUCGCCCUCGACCCCGGUGCCCGCGGACCCCGCCUCGUGCCCCCCUCCUCCCCCCGCCUUGCCCUGGCCCAUGGCGGUGGUCAGCGGGAACGGCGGCAGAGAGGCCGGGAAGUACUGCUGCCUGUGCGGAGCCUGGUUCAACAACCCCCUGAUGGCCCAGCAGCACUACGAGGGCAAGAAGCACCGCAGGAACGCGGCCCGGGCGCGCCUCCUGGAGCAGCUAGCGGGCAGCCUGGAUGCCACGGAGAGCACAGGGCUGCGCAGUAGCUACUCCUGCAGCGUCUGCAGCGUGGUCCUCAACUCCAUCGAGCAGUACCACGCACACCUCCAGGGAUCCAAGCACCAGAACAACCUGAAGCAACACCAGCAGUAAGCCACCAAGACAGGCCAACUCCGGAAGGAAGAGGAGACGGAGACAGAUUACUGGGUUAAGCAACUUUGGAAAGAAGGACUUGAGAAGUAUAAGUGUGUGUGCGCGUACGCGGGCGUCAUGACGACCUCCGCGUCCACGUGUCGUCGCGGGCGUGUUAACCUCUAUCUUUGAUCUACAAAUAUAUCUUUGAGAUUUAUUCAGCACCUUGUGUUUGACGAGUUCGACACCGACGGCCGCGAGAGGGCGCGCGGCCGCGCAUCGCCAUGUAAACUCCCGUGUGAACCACAAUCCUGAAAUUUAAACUGAUGUCAGUGCGUCGCCCGGAGCGGUAAUAACCGUAACAAUGAUCGUCAUAGAACAGCAGGAAUAAAAAAAAAAAAAAAAACUCUGCAGCUAGCCGUCCCCCGCGUGCUCUGACAGUGACCCAAAUCCGAGCGGAGUCUUCUGCUUCCACGUCACGGGCGCAUGCAUGGCUCACUCUCAGAACACUCGAGACCCACUCAGGCCCAGACUCUCAAAUCCACGGACGAGAAAACUCCCGAUGACCUCAGCCAUUUCAGACCGCACGCCUUCCAUGACUUAACGAAUAAAAAGGGUGUCCCGGGUUCGUCGUCCUUCGAUGUAGUGCUUCAAGUGGUGGUGGAUGUGUCAUUUUCGAAAACCAUCGUCAUGGAUUCCGCAUAAUCAAAACACGGAGACAAAAAAAGAGAGAAAAGCCACAAAAGGGACUUUUAAGGCUCCGGAUCUUAAGAGAAUCACCACCACUGUUGAAAACAUUCCCGCAGCAUUAAUUAAACAAUGAUGUCAGACGCAGUUUGGAGGUGACAAACUGGAAAUCGUUCUCCGAGGAGGGCAGCAUGUAGAUAAUAUUUUUUUAUUUGCCGGAGAAGAAGAAAAACUUCACGAACCAUGUAGCAGCCACUGUAUUAUACAACUGGGAUGUAUAAUCCGAUGCAUGCAAAAUGUAAAGCGUUGCAUUCACUUGCCUUUUUGAAAACCUGUGUAUUGCGCGUUUUUGGCAAUAGCGCUGCUUUCUAGUGAUAGCUUCGUAAAUACAUUACUGCACACGCUCGUAAAAACCGGACGACGAGGUCAGGUUUUUAGUGCUGAACCGGCUCCUUCUCGGCAUAUUAUUCACGCUUCAAAAAAAUAAAAAUAAAGAAAGAAAGGGAAAAUCCUUUUGAUACCUGGAUAUUAGGGCGACUCGCUAACAUCCUCAUGCGUUGUGUCUUCAGAGCGUCUGCGAAGUGAGUGUCGACGAUGUUUUGUAGCAGCGUAAAGCAAAGAGAGGACGUGCUCCACUUUUCCUGUGCUGGCACUGAGAUUGGCCCUGAACCGCGUUUCUCUCUGAGCUCGGGACUGAAAAGCACAGAACUCGAUGCUAGGCUAUUACCUGUUCUUUUUAUGUUUUUUUUCUCCUCUCUGUAAACGCGUUAAAAAAGUGUUUUUAUUUUCCACAUUUCAUGGCGAUGAGUACGAACUAAACGAAGCCCGAUAAGUUAAGUUUUUUUGCUUUCUGCAGACAUAUGAACGAGAAAUGGUUUUUAUGCAAUCACGCUGUAUUAUUAAUAACCAUACGAUGUGGGGUUUGAAGUGAAGUAGUUUAACAGAGCAAAAAAAAAAAAAAGAAAAAAAGUGUGUAAAUAGUAGCUGCAGGUGGAGUUUGUGGUUUAAGGAGUACGGGAGUUUUGUAUUUAUAGUGUUUAUCUGCACUGAGCCGCAGGUGAUAAAGGGAAAAUGUGUUUCUCAUGAAUAUUCUAGAAAUAAAUCUAUAUAAAUAUGCAGGCACUGGGACGAGAAUAAACAGUGUUUUGUAAUUGGGAAGUAAACUGAAUCAAGGAGUCGGCGAGGACGGACCGCGAUGAAGUGUAUGGACGAUGGUGAUGACUUUCACGAUUGGAAAACUCCAGUCGCCACAACAGACAGUCCACUCAGAGGAAAAUCUGAACUGCCAGCGCAUUCAUAAAGCUGCCAAAGGGACGACGCAGGACUUCAAACACUGCUGGAUUUUUAUUUCAUUUUAUUUUAUUUUUUUCUUAAUUGCCAUAACAAAGCCACAGAAGUCGUUCGGCGUUUUCAGUGUGACUGCACCGGUCUCUGUUCACAGUAGAAAUGAUGUCUGUGUGUGUGUGUGUGUGUUGAUAUCACGGUCAGUGUGCAGAAGAUGACUGCGCCAUGAGUCACGUAAUUUAAGCUGAUGUUUCGUUCUAUAUGAGGAGAGAUGUAUCUAUGGGCUGGGGGCGGCGCGAUGCGACGCUUGCGGGCGGGUGGGCGGGUGUCUGUGGGAGACUGUGUACCGUGAGCACAUUUGUAAACACACCUGAUGAUGAAUACAAUGAAGAUGACAACUAUAUCUAUUUUCUCUUGUAAAAACCC